UGACGACGAGCUGCUUCCGGUUGGAGACGUGGCUUACACUCCUGCCAUAUUGAGCCGCCUUGCACACAAAUAACAGUUUUAUUUAUCUCCACAUAGCAUUAUACAACCACACAAACGGCGUUCAGAAGAUUAAACGCAGAAAACAUAUCAGACCGUGAAAAUGGUGCUGUUGGCUGCAGCAAUCUGCACCAAGGCAGGUAAGGCCCUGGUGUCGCGGCAGUUUGUGGAGAUGACACGGACGCGAGUGGAGGGUCUGCUGGCCGCUUUUCCCAAGCUGAUGAACACAGGCAAACAGCACACAUUUGUGGAGACGGAGAGUGUGCGCUACGUCUACCAGCCUCUGGAAAAGCUCUACAUGGUGCUGGUCACCACCAAGAACAGUAAUAUACUGGAGGACCUGGAGACACUGCGUCUCUUCUCACGUGUGAUUCCUGAAUAUUGCCGUGUCCUGGAGGAGAGUGAGAUUUCGGAGCACUGCUUUGACCUCAUCUUUGCGUUCGAUGAGAUUGUUGCACUCGGUUAUAGAGAAAAUGUCAACUUGGCCCAGAUCCGGACAUUCACAGAAAUGGACUCUCAUGAGGAAAAGGUUUUCCGUGCCGUCAGAGAGACUCAGGAGCGUGAAGCUAAGGCAGAGAUGAGACGAAAGGCUAAAGAACUUCAGCAGAUACGGCGUGAUUCAGAGCGUGGAAAGAAGGGUCCGGGCUUUGGUGGUUUUGGCAGCUCGGGCAUGAGCAGCAGCAACACAUCCAUCAUCACAGACACUCUGAUCGAGCUUGAGAAACCCAAACCCAGCCCUGCACCCGUCAGGUCCAGUGGUCCAAGUAAAGCACUUAAACUGGUUGGCAAGGGGAAGGAGGUGGAUGACUUUGUGGACAAACUCAAGUCAGAGGGAGAAAAUAUCAUCUUGCCUGGCACAGGCAAAAGACCCUCAGAUGCGUCCAAAUCUCUGCCUCCUCCAACCCACACAGAGAGUGUGCAUAUGCGGGUGGAGGAAAAGAUCACCCUGACGUGUGGCCGUGAUGGUGGCCUCCAGAACAUGGAAGUGGUUGGCAUGAUUACCCUCAGAGUGUCUGAUGAGAAGAAUGGGCGAAUUAGGCUAAAUAUCAGCAAUGAUGACAAGAGAGGCGUCCAGUUGCAGACCCAUCCCAAUGUGGACAAAAAACUUUUCACAGCGGAGUCCGUGAUUGGUCUGAAAAACCCUGACAAAUCUUUCCCCCUGAAAACUGACGUCGGUGUGCUAAAGUGGAGACUACAGACCACAGAGGAAUCUCUCAUUCCACUAACAAUAAACUGCUGGCCCUCUGAGAGUGGUACCGGCUGUGAUGUAAACAUCGAGUAUGAGCUACAGGAUGAAACUCUGGAACUCAAUGAUGUAGCCAUCUCUAUUCCUGUACCGUCUGGAGUAGGAGCUCCUGUGAUUGGUGAUCUAGAUGGAGAAUAUCGCCAUGACAACAGACGAAAUGUCCUGGAGUGGUCUCUUCCCGUGAUCGAUGUAAAGAAUAAGACCGGUAGCAUGGAGUUCAGCAUAAAUGGCCAGCCCAAUGACUUUUUCCCUGUCAGUGUCUCCUUUGUCUCCAAGGGAAGCUACUGUGACAUUCAGGUCACUAAGGUUUCUCAAGUGGAUGGGGACAGCCCGGUUCGGUUCUCCACAGAAACAUCAUUUGUGGUCGACAAGUAUGAAAUACUAUAAAAGGAAACUUCACUAACAAAAUUCCACCCAACUUGACAGAAGAGCAGAUAAAUGGACUGAAAACAUUCAUAUAAAUAAAAGAAGGGAGAGACAUACAAAUGGAGGGACGAUGCAAUCUUUAUCAUCUUCAGCAGUACUUUAAUGGGAUUCUGCUUACUUUUUUUAUCCCCCAAAAAGAAAAUGAAGUCAUUUUAGACUUUGCUGGCAAUAUUGGCUGUACUUGUACCAAAUUUGUUUCACAAAGUAACUUUCUUCAUAAAGACCAGUGAGUAUCAGCGAGGGUUGGGGCUAAAAUGGAGACUUUAUCAGGAGGGAGGUGGGCUGGUGGAGCUUUAUUUAUUUGAUGCCAUCAUGGCAGUAUAUAUUUGAAUUGAUGGUUCAUAUACCUUCACUGUAAGGGUCAAGUUGCUCAUGUCAUUUCUUUCAGUUUGUGGUUUUCUAAAGUUUCUUUUUCAUUGUGCUGUGAACUAACUUUUUUGAAACACUAGAAGAUUGUUGUCCCUUGCUUGCAAUAGCCUUUUCGUCCAUAUCCUGAAAUGUCUGUAGUCAUAGUUUCGUCUUUCUUUAUGUCGUUCAUACUUCUUGUUUUGUCUAAAAUAUAUUUCAUCUCCCGUUUCAGUCUCCUGUUUGACAUCUCUCAUGUUUAAGAACUAAAUCUGUGCUUGGAUCUUUGUCUAACUCGCUGUUUUCUUGCUUUACGUUGCUUUAGUGUAGUAAUGCCAACCUGUAAGGAAAUGGAACAUAUAGUAUUCAUUUUCAAAACUUUGUUUCCAGUAUCAUGGACAUCUGAGGGCAAUUUGACAAACAAUUAAAAUGGAAAAAACUUUUAAAGCCAUUAACAACAUAUAGUACAGCGAGUAGUUUAAUUUAAGCUGAAAGCAUUGCGGUGCUUCAAAAAUGAGAGCUCAGUUUGUCUGGUUUAUAUCAUGUUUUCUAUUGAAAGCAGGACCUACAGGCUUGGACUUUCAUACUGCUAAAAGGCAACCUGCUCAUUCUUAUCUGAAAUGUGUUGGAUGUAGAUAGAGCCGCUCAGUGGAGGAUCGGGAUCAUUUGUGUCUCUUGACUGUCAGUGAUUGUGAAUGGGUUUUCAGGGAGGGACCUCUGGUCUCAAAUCAGCAUUAAGAGUGGUUCCCAGCCUGCCAAAUCAUCAUCCCAAAAUUCAGUCUCAACCCCACAUGCCCCCACUGAAGAAAAGAGGCCUCCCUUGCUGUCUUGGUUCCAAAUAAUGCCUUGAAUGUCUCUGCAUAUUUUGAUGAUGGAAAGGGCGUAUUAAAUGUUUUGGUUUUCAUGGAAUCAUAAUGUGGAUUGGGGGAAUGGUAUAAAGACUUCAGAGAUUUUUUUGUAAUCUUGUAAAAUAACGAAUUAGGGAUUCAUGUUAAAGAACAUUCCAGUGUAAACUUAAAAAAAAAAAAAUCAAUAAAGAGUCUAAAAAGGA